AAUAGUACCUUCAUUACUAUUACUCAUUAUAUAUUUUUAGAAUAUUUUUUGAACCAGAUAACCUCUUCGAUCUAAGCAGUUCCUAGAAAUAUAUUAUAUUGUCUGAAACUCUGCAUAUGGAUUAUGAAGUUUGGUUUGAUCUUUGACUUGCUAACUGCAUGUCAUUCCAUUUCCAGGAAAGAGUAGAGGGACCUCCAUCUUUUAAGCCUGCAGCAUCUUCGAGUGAGUCAAAAUUUCAUUCCUUACAGGCACUAGCUAGCUAGAGAAAGGUUGUAACAUCAAUUUCAGAUGGAGAAACCAGAAGGUGAAAUUCCAUUGCAAGCCACAUUUGAUCUUGAAAAGAGGUGGCUGAUUGCUACACGAAACAACGUCCGGAAAAGAGCUGAAGCAGCCUAUAAAACAGAAAAGGCCAAUGAUGCUGUUUGGGAGUGGCUAAAUGAUGCAGAGAAACUCAUACAAGAGAUCAAUAUUGCAACAAGGGAUACUAGUAAGCAGCACGGUGAAAUGAUAAACAAGAUAAAGAUGUUGAAGGAUGAGUGUAAACUUGAGAGAUUCUUCAGCCCUAUUCCAGAUUUAGGGUACUUCUCUUCUGAAAGUCUAGUGUGUUUCAAGUCUACAGAAAAGGCUUCACAUGAACUUUUGGAGGCACUAAAAUCUGAUAGCAUCUAUGUUAUUGCAUUGUAUGGGGAUAAAGGCUCUGGUAAAACAGAACUAGUGAAAGCAGUGGGUGAGAAAGCCAAGUAUCUAAAGUUUUUUGAUGCAAUCAUAUUUGCCACUGUGUCACAAAAUCCACUUAGGAAGAUUCAAGAACAAAUUGCACAAUCCUUGAAUGUGAAAUUUGACAAACACAGUGAACUUGGAAGAGCAAGAAAAAUAUACUCCACAUUAUCAGAAAGUAAGGAUCAAAUUCUUGUGAUCUUGGAUGAUGUUAAGGAAAAGCUGGACCCUGAGGACAUAGGCAUUCCAUGUCAAAGUAACCAGUGCAAGGUCCUUUUAACCACGCGUCACAAACAAGAGUGUGCUUCGAAUUGUCAAAGGGUGAUUCCUCUACGUCCCUUGUUGGAAGAAGAAGCUUGGGGGUUGCUCGCCGGACAUUCAGGCAUAGAUGAUGACUCCCCAUACAAGUUAACCCUUGCGGCAUCUGAAAUUGUUGGAGCUUGUAAAAUGUUUCCUGGUUUAAUUAAAGAUAUAGGACCUUCCCUAAAAAAUAAACCCAUUGAGGAGUGGGAUGCAACAGUAUCUAGUCUGAGAAAUUCAAAGGCGCGCUACCAGAUUUUCAUCAGCUUUAGAGGAGAAGAUACGCGCGAGUCUUUUACCGGUUUUCUAUAUGAGGCUCUAUGCCGGGAAGGAUUCAAGACCUUCUUAGAUGAUGGAGGAUUGAAGGGCGGGGACCAGAUUUCUGAAACACUUGUUGAAGCAAUUGAAGAUUCGAGGCUUUCGAUCGUUGUUUUCUCCGAAAAUUAUGCAGAAUCUCGUUGGUGCCUAGAGGAACUUGUUACUAUAGUUGAAUGUAAGAAAUAUAAGAAGCAACUUGUUUGGCCAAUCUUUUACAAAGUGUCUCGGUCAGAUGUGAGGCUUCAGAAGAAUAGUUAUGGAAAAGCCAUGGCUAAACAUGAAGAAAGAUUUCAAAAGGACCCUGAGAAGGUGCAAAAAUGGAGAUCAGUGUUAUCUGAAGUUGCCAAAUUAAAGACUGGAAUGCAAUACAGCACCGGAUAUGAAUACAAGUUUAUUGAAAGGAUUGUGGAAGCUGCCAAUAAUGUUAGAAAUCGCUUGUAUAUACGAAGUAUGGGCAUGGACUAGAAGAAAGACAUCAAUUUCUGAGUUGUGGUUUUAUCAGAUGCUGCUGUCUUGGAAAUGAAUCAUUGUUGUAAUGUGCAUGUUAAAGUACUAGUUUUGUAUGUGUGUCAUGUUCAUAAAUUGACUUUCUUAUAUCAAAACUUCACAUGAUAUCUUUGGGUGAAA